GUCCUUCUGCUCCUGAAAAUCAUCGCCCCCGCACUCUUUCUCCUCGUAUUCGGAGGCUUUUUCCUGUGGGAGCCGCAUAUCGAGCUCGCAUUUUACGAGCGGGCUUGGGUUCAGCGGGAGAUUGUGCCUAUAGAACCUCUGGCUGGUUGUUUCAAUAACGAACGCGUGAGCGCGAUGUAUAACGUCUCGGAGCGCGUGUACGGGCCACGGCGGAACGAGGUGCAGGCGGGGGUCUCACUACGCCUCGGGCUCGACUGUUAUGAUUUCGCGGGUACAUUGCGUGCGCCGCCAGACCACGAGCUGGAGGGCGUGACGAACUUUCACUCAUAUUGGCGCACCGACCUCGCGCCGUUCGGGGAGCGCCAGGAGUGGAUGCUUAAGUCGUUCUUUGCGACGCAGCCUGCUGGGCAUUCGAAGUUCAUCCUCUGGUCAAACGGGGACCUCUCGGGGAACGAAAUGCUGCACGGUUAUGUUUCGCGGUAUCCUGGCGCGUUUGAGUUGCGGGUUGCGGACGUUGCGGAUUUGGCGAAGGGGACAGAGUUGGAGGGGAGCGCGCUACUGCGGAGCACAGACAAGAAAGCAUGGGUGGACGGUGAUUUAAUCAGGCUAUUAGUUGUAUGGAGGGAGGGCGGUGUGUGGGUAGACAUGGACAGUCUGUUGACGAGAGAUCUAAGCCCACUGUUGGAGCAUGAAUUUGUGACGCAAUGGGAUUGUUACGACAAAAUAUACCAGCCGUUCAACGGCGCACUAAUGCACUUUCACCAACAUUCGCCCUACCUUUGCGAAGCCUUCCAUAUCAUUGCAACCUCACCCGCUCCGCGCGCCUCAUCCACCGACUGGGGAGCACUCCUCUACCUGAAACUCUGGCGUCGACUAGUGGCCGGCGGGAUCCCACCAUUUAAAAUCCUGCCAUUCUGCUUCUCCGACGGACGCUCCUGCCGUCUCGAUAACCGUCUACCAGAUCCUUUCGCCCCAGAUCCAACUGAUGGACGGUGGACGGGAGGUCUGACGCGAGACGUGGGCGGGGGACUAGACCAAAAACUAAAGAAUGUGUUUGCAGUCCAUCUGCAUAAUCAAUGGGAGAAAGAAUAUCCGAAGGACGGGUGGGUUCGCAGGCUGCUG